CACAUCGGUAGAUUCUGAUUAAUUUAUUAUGUAAGUUACAUAAUUUUGAAAUAAUUGCCUAUAGCUUUUUACACUUAAUGAGUAACUAUUAAUCUUUAAAAAAUAAUCGAACAAAAUGGGGAAGAAAUUUGGACAGCUUGAAAGAAUAACUGGCGUUACAUUUUUCCGUCUUAGUCCAUAUGAACAAAGUCCUUUUGCUGGAACAGGCGAAGCCCUUGGACGAUUUAUAAGGAAGUGCAGAUCAUAUAUUCUACACAUUGCACCUUUCUUCCUUGUAUCUUAUGUGAUAAUGGAAUGGGCAGAUGAGGAAAAUAAAAAAUUACACCGCAAGAAUCCAAAAGAUUAUGAAAAUGAUACAUAACCUUUCAAUAUUUACAUGUAGUAAGACUACAAUGUUUUAAUAUAAUUUCUGUUAAAAUAAAAUUUGAACAUCGCAAUGAAAUUUAGCGAAUAAACAUAUGUAGAAAAAGGAUUUCUAAGUUUUAUUCAUAUGUAAUCUAACAAAUGAUUGUUGUGAAUAAAUAAUUUUAAUGCUG